AUGGGAAAUGUAGUGCAGUCUUUUCCAACAUGGCUGCACCCAGUAUUGCCAUGGAGAGCAACCAUCAAAGUAAUUGCAAACUCAACAGAAUUGAGAAGAAGUUCUUAAGGAAACAGAUUAAAGCCAGGCAUACUUUGCUGAGACAUGAAGGCAUUGAAACAGUAUCCUAUGCCACUCAGGUUCUGGUUGUUGCCAAUGGUGGUUUGGGUAAUGGUGUGAGUAGGAACCAACUGCUUCCAGUUUUGGAGAAACUUGGACAGGUGGAUGCUCUCUUAAUGCCACCCAGUAAGCCCUACUCAUUUGUGAGAUACAAAACUGUAGAAGAAUCCAAGAAAGCCUAUGUUACCCUCAAUGGAAAAGAAAUAGUUGAUGAUCUAGGACAAAGGACCAUUCUGUACUUGAAUUAUGUAGAAAAAGCACAAUGGAAAGAGUUGGGGCUUCAAACCUUCCCUCCAGGCCUCAAAGUAGUAGAAGAAAUUGUUUCUUUUGAGGAUGAGAAACUGCUUUUGGAAAGCAUUAACUGGACAGAAGAUAAAAACAAUCAAAAUUUUCAAAAAUCCUUAAAACAUAGAAGAGUAAAGCACUUUGGUUAUGAAUUCCACUAUGAGAAUAACAAUGUAGAUAAAGACAAGCCAUUACCUGGGGGUCUUCCUGACAUUUGUGAUAGCAUUUUGGAGAAAUGGUUGAAGGAAGGUAUCAUUAGGCAUAAACCUGAUCAAUUGACUGUGAACGAGUAUGAACCUGGGCAUGGAAUUCCUGCUCAUAUUGACACACAUUCUGCUUUUGAGGAUGAGAUCAUUUCUCUCAGUUUGGGGUCAGAGAUUGUCAUGGAUUUUAAGCAUCCAGAUGGUGUCACAGUACCAGUGAUGUUGCCUCGUCGGAGUUUGCUUGUGAUGACAGGAGAAUCCAGAUACCUUUGGACCCACGGAAUAACACCUAGAAAAUUUGAUACUGUUCAAGCAUCCAAGGGUCACAAAAGUGGAAUUAUCACCCAUGAUGUUGGAGACUUAACUUUAAACAAGAGGGGAAUACGGACAUCGUUCACAUUUAGGAAAGUGAGGCAAACACCUUGUAACUGUAGUUACCCUUUGGUUUGUGACAGCCAGAAGAAGGAGCCUCCUCCAUCAUUUCCAGAGAAUGAUAAAGAAGCCUCACAAUUGGAGCAAGAAUACGUCCAUCGAGUGUAUGAAGAGAUCGCGGGACACUUCAGCAGCACAAGACAUACUCCUUGGCCACACAUCGUGGAGUUUUUGAAAGCUUUGCCACGUGGUUCAUUAGUAGCUGAUAUUGGGUGUGGAAACGGGAAGUAUCUUGGCAUAAAUAAGGAGUUAUAUAUGAUUGGUUGUGACCGUAGCCAAAACCUUGUGGACAUUUGUAGAGAGAGGCAAUUUCAGGCUUUCGUCUGCGAUGCACUGGCAGUACCAAUCCGCAGUGGGUCUUGUGAUGCCUGCAUUUCCAUUGCUGUUGUUCACCACUUUGCAACAACAGAGCGCAGAGUGGCAGCUCUUCAAGAACUUGUUCGGCUCCUGAGACCUGGUGGGAAGGCACUCAUUUAUGUUUGGGCAAUGGAACAAGAAUAUAAUAAGAAGAAGUCCAAGUAUCUCAGAGAAGACAGAACUAGCCCAGAAAAGAAAGAGGAGAUCAGCAGUGAUACAUCAGUGCAAGAAAUGCUUGUGGAGCAAAUGCCUGGCGUGGGCAAUCAAGAUUCAGCAUACUCUGUCCCCUCCAUUAAUAACUUUCAGCACGGAAGUUGUAAUUCAAAGAAAGGUGCUAAUUCCAAGCUGCCUAUUCACACUAACAGGACUUCUUUUCAUUCUCAAGACUUACUCGUUCCAUGGCACCUUAAGGGAAACCCUGGUAAAGAAAAAUCUAUUGAGCCAUUUGGUCCAGUGGGAACCCAUGAUGCAAGUCCUGUGUUUCAUCGCUACUACCAUGUGUUCUGUGAGGGAGAGUUGGAAGCUGCCUGCCAGGCUCUGAGUGAUGUCAGCAUUCUGCAGAGCUACUAUGAUCAAGGGAAUUGGUGUGUGAUUCUUCAAAAGGUCUCAUCGUCCCUGUGAACUCGUCAUAUACAGAAAAGAAAUGCUCAGCUCUCUUCUUUUUUUUUUUUAAUGGAAAAUAGAUUAACUGGGUUUUUAAAGAGAAAACUUGUGGUUAAGUACCAAAAGAGUGCAGCUGAGAGAAAUUUGACAUAGAGAUUAGUUAGGAAACAUUUAGUCUACUACUAUUGCUGAUCUCAUUUUACCCAUAAACAUAGGGAAGAACAGGGAUGGUUUUUUAAAGUGAUUGAAAUAGUUUAUGAAGUAUUUGGGAUCCUGGGGGUAAAUGUACAGCAUGUUGAAGAUAAACGUUUUUUAUAAAAUGUUACAAAAUAAUUUAAUUUUGUAGAAUCAGUGAAGAAAUCAUAUAACAUUUUAACAAAGAAAAUUCCUUUCAGAAGAAAAUUAUCUGAAAUUUUAUAUGAUUGUUAACUCCAUAAACAACCACUGUGUCAUCACAUCUGACCAGUAAAGGGCUUGACACAUAGUGGGUGCCAGUAAUUUUAGCCAAUCAGAUAAUAUCUGUACAUUAGAAGGAGUUUCAUCAAUAAACACUUACUAGACUUCUGUCUACCAGUUACUCUUUUCAGCACUGGGAGGGGAGCAGUGGACAACAAUGGACAAAGCCCUGGUCCUCGUGGAGCUUAGGUUUUAGAAGGAAGACAGACAAUAAGCAAAUAAAUAAAUAAAUGCUUUGUGCCAGAUAGUGAUAAAUGCCAUGGUGGUGGGGUGGGGCGGGGGGAAACAGGAGUGGAAUUUCACCUGGCAACAAAGAUUAUUUUAAAGGGCUGAAGUAACUACUAAUAUUACUAUGAGUUAACUGGUAUUCCUAAUGCCUUGAUCUAGGUGUUAAAGACAACCCAAAUAUGCUCUUUUAACUCCUUUAAUUUUAAAAAAGAUUUUAUUUAUUUAUUUUUAGAGAGAGGAAGGGAAGGAGAAGGAGAGAGAAACAUCAGUGUGUGGUUGCCUCUCAUGUGCUCCCUACUGGGGACCUGGUCUGCAAUCCAGGCAUGUGCCCUAACUGGGAAUCCAACUGGCAACCCUUUGGUUCACAGACUGGUGCUCAGUUUACUGAGCCACACGAGGCAGGGCAAAACUCCUUUAAUUAAAUAGAAAAAGUUAGAGUUGUCAGUCGGACCUAAUUAUUCCCUUAUAGCCAAAGCUGUGGUUUCAUUAGUGGAUAUUUGUAGUUUAUUCACAAUUUGUUCCAGUCCAGGUGCAAACAGGGGUUAUUGUUCACCUACAAAUAUUUCAUAGUUAUCAACUUAACUUACCACUUAGGUCAGGCUUCCAGGGGGAACAAAGGUAGAAAGUUCCUCAAAGGGACUUACAGCCUUUAAACAGAUGACUGUGCACUGGGGAAAAGGAAGUGUUAGACCUUUUGAGGAUUACUGGACUCUGACUGUGAUCUGACACUAAAUCCAGGAAACCUAUGACAUCACUGUGGUCCAUAGUCAGAGCAGAGCCUUAUGGAGGUCAGGUGGUCAGUGGAGUUUUUGCCCAUCUUAUGGUUAUUUUCUAGUUCUAGAAAUAAGCAAUUGGAAUAAACAAACUCAGCAACUGCCAGAGUCCCUGUUUGGUUCUCUGUGGAGUGAGGGCUAUUGUAGCUGAAGUAGAAACCACUAGCCAUGCGUCCCUAAGGAAAACAGUAGACCAAAGGCAAUGCCACAUUGCUGCAGAGAUUAUUGCUACCACGAGGGACUUAAAGGAUGUAAGGGUGGUGAUUCUUACCAUAUACUGAUAAAUUCACCUUUUUGGCUGGUAUAAAAAACAUGGAUCUCAGAGAAUGACUGUGGUUAUUGUAAUCUUAAUCGUAACUGCCAUUGCAGCUCCUGUUUUAUUAUUUUUUUAAUUAAAAAAAUUUUUAACCACAAAAAUGGUGUUAUUUUGUCAUUGACAAAAUGCUUAACACUGAUUAUAUCAUUAUUUUGUUUGGUUUACUUAAAUACCACUUAACUAUGUAUUAUAAAUGUUUAUAUUUAAGAAAUAUUUAAAGAAGCCUUCUGUAAACACAACUCCUUCUCAAUAUACUUCCCUGCUUUGUUUCAUACAUUAAUAAUAUACAAAAUCACAAAUAAAAUUGUUAACUCUUAUAGCCUAAA